AGUGUAACCUGAAGCGGAGGUAGAUGCGAUCGUGAGGUUAUAUCCAUGACUUGACUCCACCAGGGCCGCUGUAGUCAAGUGUUAGUAACUGCAGGGUGCUGUGUUGAUGGGGAGUUGCUAGGGAGUUGCUAGGGUGCUGUGUCGGUAUAGCGUGCUCUCACGUGCCUGGAACAAGUGUUAAACGUAGCUGAUAAAACAAUGAUACGCAAGUUGCAGGGUCUGAUAAGAAAACAAGGAGAAGAUAAAACCGACCAUUCCCUUCACCCCCAGAAAUAUGCUGAAAUUAGUAUUUGUAACUUCCCUGUUGGCUCUAGCCGCCGCUAAAUGGAAACCCGACCCACCCCCAGAGUUGCCAACAGACCAGGAAAUAUUUGAAUCAGACCCCACGGUUAUUGAAGCUAGGAAGAUGCAAAAGCUUGCUCCCUCCCAGAACGUCGUGAUGACAUGCCGGUAUCUCCUGUUCAAGAUACCACAGAACUACACUAACGCACGUGACUACUGCUCCCACUUACAGUGGCCUCUCACCAACACUGGAAUUGGCAUGGCAACAGUGCAGAACUCGGCUGAAAACAACGAUGUUAAGACCCUUAUCAGAUACGCGUUCGGAAUGAAGUUCGAUAACAAUAACCCGUACAAGCUUGGAAACUGGGCCUACAUCGGACUCACAAAACGAAUAGACAACGACAGGAAACUUACCAAGCAGGAAAAGGGAGAGUUUAACCCAGAGCAGUGGUACUACGAAGAUAGGGGUAUGGCUCGGUACAACAACUUCCGUGCUCGCAUGCCUGACCAACAACAACAGGGAUCAAAAAAGAAGGGCUAUGAAUAUCAGGUGGUUGUGCAAGUGAACAAGAAAGGAUAUUGGGACGAUACCUUCGCCUCCAAGCCACUCCCCUUUGUUUGCCAAUACUGCGGAAAAUACGUGGUAUUGUCAAAACAUGUGAGCUGGACAGCAGCUAAGGGACAUUGUGAGAGUGUGGGACUUACUUUCGCUACGGUUGAGAGCAAAGAAGAUAACGCUGAGCUGAUGUUUGCAGCUGAGCUAGCUCUAGGGGACACCCUCCACGAGAAACGGUGGAACAACGACAACUGGGUAUGGAUAGGAGAGAAGGAGCAGAUGGACGCGGAAGGUAAGGGUAACGGAGUUUGGACUCACUGGGACGACUCCCCCCUUCCUUACAGUCCUAAGUGGGACUUUAAACUGCAACCCGACAACUGGGUCAAGAAACGAGGAGAGCAACAAGUUGUGGCCAUGUCCCGUAAGGACGGAACUUGGGACGACAGCUUCACCUUCCUGAAACGACCCUUCGCUUGCAUGUGCAAGGAGCGAUCAUGCAACUUCGCAUAGAUCUCUUUAGACUCUACGACAAUACUUUCAAGAUAACAUCAGGACUCUAGAAAGUUAUAACAUCAUGAAAACAAAACGUGUAGUUUAUAUGUCAGAUAUCAAAAGACGAGAUGUUAAAUCGAGUUUAUUUUCAAUUAGAAUUUUUGAAAGCGCUUUUAAGUCCCAAUAGUCGUAGAUUAGAAUUAAUCAAUAAAUAAAGAUCUAAUUUUUGCGAGAGUUUUGUUUUGCUGACUAGUCUGCUUAGUAUUUUAUCGUGUAAGCUUUCUAUUCAUUUCCACAGCUGCAUGCAUCCGACCGUAUAACCACUGUUGAAUAAUGUUAAAUAGUUUUGUCGAA